CCCACGUGCGGAUGUUUACGCUCCGCGUGCGCGUCCAAAGAGAGCGAGAGAGAGAGAGAGAGACUGAGGGAACAAAGGGAGAGCGGGGACGCGGACAUGUUUUAUAAGACAACCGUUGGAUUUUUGAUCCGAAUGAAAGCGUAAAAGGAGCAUUUUGGCACAUGGAAGUGUGCGACUAGAAAAGUGCGAUUAUUGAGGAAUACGGAGAGAUAAGCGGCGGUUGAAGAGGGGACGAGUGGCGUUUUGUCCGCGGGGCCGCUGAACGCACCAUCGCGCUGCCCCGGGGUUUCACGUGAACGCGCUCGGCUUGUAAACAAGAAGAAGAAGAAGGAGGAAAAAGAAGCAACGGUCAGCCAGCAGGUGAACCCGGCGGUCUGGUGUCAUGACAACCGGACUCGAUGUGUCGCCCUCACCCGGACGUGCCGUCGCCUAUGCCCCGCUUUGUGCCGAGUCGUCGUCGCCGUUAAUGGAGGGGAGACAUUAAGCUCCGCGCGAUAGCAGAGCCUUUGUUCGGCCGCUUAGCCUCCGUCGCGUUAGCGUUAGCCGCUAGCCUCCGGCUGUUAUCCCCCCCACUUCCCCGGACGACGCUCGCUUGUUUUCGGGGUCUUUCACCGACAAUGUCCUUCGCCAUGGAGGACAACCUGGAGUCCGGCUGGGUGUCCGUCCGACCCAAAGUGUUCGACGACAAGGAGCGACACAAGUAUGUUUUCAUCGUGGCCUGGAACGACGUGGAGGGCAAGUUCGCCAUAACCUGCCACAACCGGACGGUGCAGAAGCGGACCACGUUCCAGGACCCGCUGCUCGACUGGAGCCCCGCGGCGGUAGUCCAGCCGAAGAAAGGGAAAAAGUCGGCGGACAUGGAGUUGGUGGACGCCGCGGAGGACGACCCCGAGCCAGGCGGCCGCCGGGACUUCAGCUGGGCCGGCCUCUUUUCCUCCCAGGACCUGCGCUCGGUCCACCUCCAGCUGUGCGAGGUCAACUCGGACCUGGAGCCCUGCCUGCCGCCCUUCCCGGAGGAGCCGUCCGGCGUCUGGUCCGUCCUCUUCGGCGCCAACGCGUCCCCGCCGCGGGAGACGGAGGCGCUCUGCCACCGGCUGCAGGUGUACCUGGGCCACGCGCUCGACACCUGCGGCUGGAAGAUCUUCUCGCAGGUGCUCUUCUCCGACAGCGACGACACGGAGGAGUACUACGAGAGCCUCAGCGAGCUCCGGCGGAAAGGCUACGAGGACGCGCUGGAGAGAGCCAAGCGGCGCAUGCAGGAGGUGUUGGAGCGACACAAGGCCAUGGACAGCAUGGUGGAGCUGCUGCAGGUCUACUCGGAGGAGGACCAGGCCCACGGGGAUCUGCUGGAGGCCACCACCCAGCUCUACCACUACCUGCUGCAGCCCUUCAGGGACAUGAGGGAGCUGGCCAUGUUGCGCCGGCAGCAGAUUAAGAUCUCGCUGGAGACGGAGCGCCUGGGCCCUCGCCGCGUGGAGGGCCUGAGGAAGGAGGACGAGGAGUGGCAGAAGAAGGCGCACGGGGCCGUCCUCGCCAUCCAGGACCUGACCGUCAAGUUCUUCGAAAGCACCAACCGGGCGCAGAAAGCGCUGUGCGAGCGGAUGCGCGCCGACCAGCGCAAGUUGGGCAAGUCAGCGUGGGCGGCGGCGGUGGAGCGCAUGGAGAGGCUGCAGUACGCCGUCUCCAAAGAGACUCUGCAGCUGAUGCGGGCCAAAGAGAUCUGCCUGGAGCAGAGGAAGCACAGCUUGAAGGAGGAGAUGCGGAGCCUGCAGGGCGGCGAGGAGGCCAUGCUGCACCUGGACCAGCUGGAGGCGCUCUACUACCAGCUCCAGCUGCAGCUCUACCACAUCCAGGCCGAGGUUCUGCGCUGCGAGGAGCUGCUGAUCACGGCGCAGCUGCAGAGUCUGCGCAGACAAAUCACAGAGAGACAGGACGAGGUGGUCUACUACGACGCUUUCGAGAGCCCCGACGCCAUGAAGGGGGACAAGGACCCCGCCACCCCGCCGGCCUCGCUCAGAGACGAAGACCUGGGCGUCCUGCAGCAGAGGACUCGGCAGCUGGAGGCCCGCAGAGGACGCAUCACCGCCAAGAAAGUCUACCUCAAAAACAAGAAGGACAUUUGUGUCUCCAAUCACAAGCAGAAGGUCCUAGAACGUCAGGGAGUUCUGGGGGACAACACGUCUCUGCAGGUUAGACGGACAGCCCGUAGCUUCUUUGGGACAGCUGGCAUCAAACUAAAUGUCUUUCCUGGAAAGGUUGAGGAGACGGAGGAAGACGAAGACGAGCAGAACGCACGAGUCAGUCAGGAGAGACAAAGAACUCUGGACAGACUUCGCAGCCUCAAUCAGCGCUACCCGGGCCAGGUGAAGUCCAGCCGCCUGAGACAACUCCAGAAUCGUAGACGAGCGGGUCCGCCUCCCAGCACGCAGGCCGCCGGCGUCCAGACCGAGCGCGUCUCCGACCUGCCGGUACUCUCCGCCCCUCCUCCUGAGGACGGCUCCGGCAGCGUCUCCCUGCCCGCCAUGGACCUGGACCACCUGCGCUCGUCUCCUCCUUUCCUGUCCUUGCCUCCUCCCCCGCCUCCUCCUCCUCCUCCCCCGCCUCCCCCCUCCUUGGACGACCCGCGCCUGGACGAGGGGAUGGAGGCGGAGUCCGCGCCCAAGUGCGAGUCCGAGUUCCUGCUGGCUCCUUUCAGUCCUCGCUUCUUCGACAGCAGCCAGCUGCUGACGGCCAGGAAGAAGCUGAGGAAGACGUCCGCCGAGGACGCCGCCCGCUGGAGACGAGCGAGCUCCCCCAUGGACGAGGUCCUGGCGUCGCUGAAGCGCGGCAGCUUCCACCUGAGGAAGGCGGAGCUGCGCGUGUUGGCGCCCGACCCGGACGACGACAGCGACAACAUCCUGGCCCAGAUCCGCCAGGGCGUGCGCCUCAAGCAGGUGCGCCUGCGCCCCGAGCAGCAGCGGCCGCCGCGCCACGCCCGCGGCUUCCCGCACUCGGCCGACGCCCUCACGCGCAGCAUCCACGAGGCCCUGCGGCGGAUCAAGGAGGCGUCGCCCGACUCCGAGUCCGAGGACGAAGGUCUGCCCUGCACCGACUGGGAGAACUAACUAACUAACUUAACUAACUAACCCACGUGGUGGACCUGGCCGCUCUUCUGCUGUUUACCACCUGCGUUUCCAUGGAAACCAAAUCAACUUUUCUACCACGUCGGCGUCUUUUAUGAACUUUUUUUUUUAUUAUGUCUGAAUGUGGGAAAUCACCAAAAGUUUACCAGAAACUUCCAAUAGAGAUUGGCUCACUUUACCAACACUGCCCCCUGCUGGUGACAGCGCAUUAUUUCCUCCUCUUCACUGCCUUCUCCUCUUCUAUUAUUUGUAUUAUUAUUAUUAUUAUUAUUACUACGUGUGUUGUGUGCUUUUUAUUAUUAUUUAAACGUGGUGUAUGAAACCUUCCCGGAGCUAAACGGCGCUAACAACAAAGACGUACGUGAUUUCUAACUUUCAUUUUUGUCUGCUUUUGCGCUCGUUUUUUUUUCCCGUUCCAGUUUUGAGUCGUGUUGUCCUUCCGUUGUUUGGGUUUGUUUUGAAGAAGAAGAAAAAGGAGCAGAACGAGCCGAGCGGGACCAGUCGGACCUCACAGCAGACGUGCAAUAAUAUGAAUUCACUUUACUGAAUCACGACUAAAACAAAUUAUAUAUAUAUAUAUAAAUAUAUAUAUAUCUGCAUGCUUAAAUGUAUUUAUUGAGGCUUCAUAUUUUAAAGAUGUUGGUUUUUUUUAAGAACAAUUGCUGUUUUUGUAUGGAGGCUUGCUUUUUGUCUGCCAAAAUUCAAUAAAAAAAUA